CGCGCGCGCGCGCCCGUGACGCGUCCGGGCUUGCUUGCGCCCUCCCGCGCCCCAGCGUCGGCCGCCAGCUCAUGGCCCGGGCCGGGGCCGACGAGCCGCGCUAAGGCGGGCCGCGCGGAGUCGUGGGGCCGCCGCCGUGGCCCUCCCUGUCCGCACCUCGCCGCCACCCCCGGUGCCCGCGCACGCCGGCCGCCAUCGCCUUCGCGCCUGGCUGGCGGGGGCGCUGUUUUCCCCCGCCGUCCGCGCCGCUCCCUGGAGCUCGGCGGAGCGCGGCUGCCAGGGCCGGCGGAGGCACGAGGAGCCGGACCCCGUUGCCUGUGUCGCCGCCGGCGCCGCGGGGGCCAUGACCGUGGAGCAGAACGUGCUGCAGCAGAGCGCGGCGCAGAAGCACCAGCAGACGUUUUUGAAUCAGCUGAGAGAAAUUACUGGCAUUAAUGAUGCCCAGAUACUACAGCAAGCCUUGAAGGAUAGUAAUGGAAACUUGGAGCUAGCGGUGGCUUUCCUUACUGCGAAGAAUGCCAAGACCCCGCAGCAGGAGGAGACGGCUUACUACCAGACAGCGCUUCCUGGCAAUGAUCGGUACAUCAGUGUGGGAAGCCAAGCAGAUACGAGAAAAAAACAGUAUAUGCCCACCAGAACAAGAUGUGCUACAGUUGAGCAAUCAAAGUAUGGAUCAAAAGAUAAAAGGGAUUUGGAUGUGAUUGAUCUCACUGGAGAUGAUAAAGAUGAUCUUCAGAGAGCAAUUGCCUUGAGUUUGGCGGAAUCAAACAGGGCAUUCAGGGAGACUGGAAUAACUGAUGAGGAGCAAGCCAUUAGCAGAGUUCUUGAAGCCAGCAUAGCAGAAAACAAAGCAUGUUUGAAGAGGACACCUACUGAAGUUUGGAGAGAUUCUCGAAACCCUUAUGAUAGAAAAAGGCAGGACAAAGCUCCUGUUGGACUAAAGAAUGUUGGCAAUACUUGCUGGUUUAGUGCUGUUAUUCAGUCGUUAUUCAAUCUUUUGGAAUUUAGAAGAUUAGUUCUGAAUUACAAGCCUCCAUCAAAUGCUCAAGAUUUACCCCGAAACCAAAAGGAGCAUCGGAAUUUGCCUUUUAUGCGUGAGCUUCGGUAUCUGUUUGCACUUCUUGUUGGUACUAAGAGGAAAUAUGUUGAUCCAUCAAGAGCAGUUGAAAUUCUCAAGGAUGCUUUCAAAUCAAAUGACUCCCAGCAGCAAGACGUGAGUGAGUUUACACACAAAUUAUUAGAUUGGUUAGAAGAUGCCUUCCAAAUGAAAGCUGAAGAAGAGACGGAUGAAGAGAAGCCAAAGAACCCCAUGGUAGAGUUGUUCUAUGGAAGAUUCCUGGCUGUGGGAGUGCUUGAAGGUAAAAAAUUUGAAAAUACUGAAAUGUUUGGUCAGUACCCACUUCAAGUAAAUGGAUUCAAAGAUCUACAUGAGUGCCUAGAAGCUGCUAUGAUUGAAGGAGAAAUUGAGUCUUUACAUUCAGAAAAUUCAGGAAAAUCCGGGCAAGAGCAUUGGUUUACUGAACUACCGCCUGUGUUAACAUUUGAGUUGUCAAGAUUUGAAUUUAAUCAGGCAUUGGGAAGACCGGAAAAAAUUCACAACAAAUUAGAAUUUCCUCAAGUUUUAUAUCUGGACAGAUACAUGCAUAGAAAUAGAGAAAUAACAAGAAUUAAGAGGGAAGAAAUCAAAAGACUAAAAGAUUACCUCACAGUAUUACAACAAAGACUAGAAAGGUAUUUAAGCUAUGGUUCAGGUCCCAAACGAUUCCCCUUGGUAGAUGUUCUGCAGUAUGCCUUGGAAUUUGCCUCAAGUAAACCCGUUUGCACUUCUCCUGUUGAUGAUAUUGACGCUAGUUCCCCAUCUAGUGGUUCCAUACCAUCACAGACGUUACCAAGCACAACAGAUCAGCAGGGAGCUCCUUCUUCAGAGCUGCCAAGCACAUCGCCUGCAUCGAUAGCUGCCAUUUCAUCGAGAUCAGUAAUACAUAAACCAUUCACUCAGUCUCGGAUACCUCCAGACUUGCCCAUGCAUCCAGCACCAAGGCAUAUAACAGAAGAAGAACUCUCUGUGCUAGAAAGCUGUUUACAUCGCUGGAGGACAGAAAUAGAAAAUGACACCAGAGAUUUGCAGGAAAGCAUAUCCAGAAUCCAUCGCACAAUUGAACUAAUGUACUCUGACAAAUCUAUGAUACAGGUUCCUUAUCGUUUACAUGCUGUUUUAGUUCAUGAAGGCCAAGCUAAUGCCGGGCACUACUGGGCAUACAUUUUUGAUCAUCGUGAAAACAGGUGGAUGAAGUACAAUGAUAUUGCUGUAACAAAAUCAUCAUGGGAAGAGCUAGUGAGGGAUUCCUUUGGUGGUUAUAGAAAUGCCAGUGCAUACUGUUUAAUGUAUAUAAAUGAUAAGCCGCAAUUCUUAAUACAAGAGGAGUUUAAUAAAGAAACUGGGCAGGCUCUUGUUGGAAUAGAAACACUACCACCGGACUUAAGAGAUUUUGUUGAGGAAGACAACCAACGAUUUGAGAAAGAACUAGAAGAAUGGGACGCACAGCUUGCCCAGAAAGCUUUGCAGGAAAAACUUUUAGCAUCUCAGAAAUUGAGAGAGUCAGAGUCUUCUAUGACAACAGCACAAGCAGGAGAACCAGAAUAUCUAGAGCAGCCGUCAAGAAGUGAUUUCUCAAAGCACUUGAAAGAAGAAACUAUUCGAAUAAUUACCAAGGCAUCACAUGAGCAUGAAGAUAAAAGUCCUGAAACAGUUUUGCAGUCGAAACCUGAAAAUACCACAAGUCAACCACCUUCCAACCAGCAAGUUGUAGAGGUGGCGAUUCCUCAUGUAGGGAAAUUUAUGAUUGAGUCAAAGGAGGGGGGUUAUGAUGACGAGGUCAUGAUGACACCGAACAUGCAAGGUAUUAUCAUGGCAAUAGGUAAAGCCAGGAAUGUAUAUGACAGGUGUGGCCCUGAAGCAGGGUUCUUUAAGGCAAUUAAGUUGGAAUAUUCAAGGUUGGUUAAAUUGGCUCAAGAAGACACCCCACCAGAAACAGACUAUCGUUUGCAUCAUGUAGUGGUCUACUUUAUCCAGAAUCAGGCACCAAAGAAAAUCAUUGAGAAAACAUUGCUAGAACAAUUUGCAGAUAGAAAUUUGAGUUUCGAUGAAAGGUGUCACAACAUAAUGAAAGUUGCUCAAGCCAAAAUUGAAAUGAUAAAACCUGAAGAAGUAAACUUGGAGGAAUAUGAGGAGUGGCAUCAGGAUUAUAGGAAAUUUAGGGAAACAACCAUGUAUCUCAUAAUUGGGCUGGAAAAUUUUCAAAGAGAAAGUUAUAUAGAUUCCUUGCUGUUCCUUAUCUGUGCUUAUCAGAAUAACAAAGAACUCUUGUCCAAAGGCCCGCACAGAGGACAUGAUGAAGAACUGAUAUCACAUUAUAGAAGAGAAUGUUUGCUCAAAUUAAAUGAACAAGCUGCAGAACUGUUUGAAUCUGGAGAGGAUCGUGAAGUAAACAAUGGUCUGAUUAUCAUGAAUGAGUUUAUUGUUCCAUUUUUGCCCCUGUUAUUGGUGGAUGAAAUGGAAGAGAAAGAUAUACUUGCUGUGGAAGAUAUGAGAAAUCGAUGGUGUUCCUAUCUUGGGCAAGAAAUGGAAUCAAACCUCCAAGAGAAGCUGACAGAUUUUCUGCCAAAACUGCUGGAUUGUUCUACGGAGAUUAAAGGUUUCCACGAGCCUCCGAAAUUACCUCCGUACUCCACACAUGAACUCUGUGAGCGAUUUACCCGAAUCAUGUUGUCCCUCAGUCGAACUCCUGCUGAUGGAAGAUAAACUGCACACACUUUCCCUAAACACACUGUAUAAACUUUUUUUCGUUCUUAACCCUUGCCUUCCUGUCACAGGGUUUGCUUGUUGCUGCUAUAGUUUUUAACUUUUUAUUUUUAAUAACUGCAAAAAGACAAAAUGACGAUACAGACUUUAGCCAGACUGCAAAUAAUAAAGCUGAGAAUCGCAUGGCGCUCAGACUUUGUUUUAACUAGAACCAAUGUAUAACUACAGAUCUGAUUGAUUUUAUUAUGGCAAAACCAUGCUUUUGCCACCUUUCUGUUACAGUAUUACUUUGCUUUUAUCUAUUCUUUAUCUACAGCUUUCCAUUCAGUCUGGAUCCUCCAUGACUAUAGCCAUUUAAGUGUUCAGCACUGUGUACAAUAUAUAAUAUUUGGUAGCUUGUAAAUGAAAUUAAAGAAUAAAGUUUUAUUUAUGGCUACCUAUGUGUUUGUAAGCA